AUGAACGUUGUGACAUCAUGUUGGGAUAUCCUCUUUAAACGGGCCGAGAAGUCUGGUUUCUCCCCACAGAAGUUGCAGAACUACCAAGCUUGGAGAGAUGCAUUUGCCAUCUGCAACCGCAUUGAGGCCACCAUGAAGGAGGACGGACUGCUGGGUUAUGUGCGACCAACUAGUCGACGCAUAAUUAAAGUACCUUCAAAGAGUGAGCUGCUAGUGUGGGGCCGGACCCGGAAGGGCCCCGGGGGAAAAGACUACUGUGCAAUGAUGGAAGCACUGCCUGGAGACAGCAGCAUGGGAGUGGCUCGGACUUUAACAACGGUAAGAGAUGGCAGAGUCCCUGUGAGGAUUUGUAACCCCCACUCUUAUUGUCUGACCAUAGGCCGAUAUCAGAAGCUUGGCAAACUGCAUUCUGUGGACGAGGCUGACGUGCAUGGGCCGCAGAACUUAAACCUGUCCUUGGGAGAUGAUGGUGUCGUUGAAGUGGCAUUGAUGAGCACAACACCGGAUGAACCCGAGCAGGAACUGCCAAGAGAGGUGAGCAGUCUGGCGGACCGACCAGAUUUAUCCAAACAACAACAAGAAGAGCUACAUGCUCUUCUACUCAAGUGGAAGCAUGUUUUUGCACAACAUGAUGAAGACUUUGGGUGUACAAACCUAGUACAGCACCAAAUACACACCGGUGAUGCACCACCUGUCCGAGAGCGGUAUUGCCCCCUACCCCCAGCCAUGUACAAGGAGAUGAAGACACUACUAUCAGGUAUGCUUGAAUCAGGAGUCAUCAGGGAGAGCUGCAGCCCAUGGGCGGCGCCCAUAGUACUGGUGAGAAAGAAAAAUGGCAGCUGGAGAUUUUGUGUGGAUUAUAGAAAAUUGAAUGCUGUGACUCAUAAGGAUGCCUUUCCCUUACCCAGGAUUGAAGAGACUCUCACCAGCCUGACCCAAGCAGAGUGGUUUUCCACUCUUGACCUGGCCAGCGGCUACUGGCAGGUUGAGAUGGACGCCUUGGACCGAGAGAAGACAGCCUUCACCACCCCACUGGGCCUGUUCGAGUUUGAACGAAUGCCGUUUGGCCUUUGCAAUGCGCCGGCUACGUUCCAACGGCUGAUGCAGCGGUGCUUAAGUGGCCAGUUGUCUGACUAUGUGCUUGUGUAUUUAGAUGACAUUAUCCUGUACUCUCCUGACUUCACGUCCCACCUGCAACACUUGGACAAGGUGUUGGAGAGGCUGGGACAGCACGGUCUGAAGCUGCGGCUGGACAAAUGCAAAUUGCUACAGCAUGAAGUGAAGUUUUUGGGCCAUGUUGUAGACUCAUCAGGUGUAAAACCUGACCCAGACAAAAUCUCUGCUGUUCGUGACUGGCCUGUCCCCAACAGCAUAAAACAGGUACGAGCCUUCCUUGGAUUAGCUGGAUAUUAUAGACGAUUUGUGUCAGGUUUUGCUAAGGUUGCACGCCUACUGAACCAGCUACUGACUGGAAUCCCAGCUAACAAAAAGUCUGAAGCCCAGAAGGUAAAUUGGUCCCCAGAUUGUCAGACAUCUUUUGUUAAACUCAAAACAGCCCUAACACAAGCACCUGUCUUGGCAUAUGCUGAUUACACUCUUCCAUUCGUUGUUUACACAGAUGCGAGCAACCAAGGACUGGGAGCAGUUUUGGCCCAAGUCCAAGAGGGACGAGAACGUGUAAUGGCCUAUGCCAGUCGUAGCCUACACCCAACCGAACAGAAUGAUGCCAAUUACAGCUCAUUUAAACUGGAACUUUUGGCCCUCAAGUGGGCUGUGGCUGAAAAGUUUAAAGAUUACCUGACUGGGACAAAAUUUACUGUGUACACCGACAACAACCCUCUUGCCCACCUACAGACAGCUCGUCUAGGUGCAGUGGAGCAACGCUGGGUUGCACAACUUUCUUCCUUUGACUUUGACAUCAAAUAUCGCUCUGGUAAGAGCAAUGUGAAUGCUGAUGUACUGUCCAGAUAUCCGGUUAACCCUCUACCCACAGGUGUAGCCAACACAACAGCCGGACCAGACACCACUCCAGUGAUGGCAGCCAUCGAACUCACCCCUGAAGGAGACAGUGAGGAGUGGGCUGGCAGUGAGUGGGAAGUGGCACAGUCCAGUGACCCAGACAUACAAAUUGUUAAACGGUACGUAGAAACACGUGCGUUACCUGAGAAGCCCGAACGUCAGGCCCUGCCUCUUAGGAGCCAGAGACUGUUGCAGCAGUGGAAGAGGCUUCAUGUCCAAAACAACAUUCUGUGUCGAAAAGUGUUUGAUUCACAGACUCAUGAAGUGAGGCACCAGAUUGUGUGUCCGAGUGCCAGGAGCAAAGAGGUGUGGGGGAGUGUACAUGAAGCCACCGCCCAUGCUGGGGUGGAGAGGACUCUUUCACGCAUUCGACAGCGCUUCUACUGGCCAAACAUGGAAGGGGAGGUACGUCAACUCCAACAGGGAUGUGUCGCCUGCAGCCUGCGAAGGGAGAGAGUUGAGCCUCGUGCCCCAUUAAAACUAAUUGAGGUAUCAUACCCCCUUGAAGUUGUAGGCUUAGAUUUCCUCUCACUAGGCCGCAACGCAGACACUCACCCAAACAUCCUGGUAGCCACUGAUUUAUUCACUCGCUAUGCUUGGGCCGUCCCUACACGAGACCAAACAGCUGAGACCACAGUUAAAGCCUUAUGGACCCAAAUAAUCCAGCCCUUUGGCUGCCCUGCUCGAUUUCAUUCAGAUCAGGGACCAAAUUUUGAGUCUGGGCUAAUGAAACAGUUGUGUGAUACCUAUGGUAUAGCCAAAAGUCGUACUACCCCAUACCACCCUGCUGGUAAUGGCAGUGCAGAACGCUUUAACCAUACUCUUUUUAACAUGCUCCGCUCCCUUGAAACUGAUAAGCAAAACCAUUGGCCUGAGUAUUUACCCGAACUGGUACAUGCUUAUAACAACACGGCCCACAGCGCCACAGGUUAUGCCCCCUCCUUUCUCAUGUUUGGACGACACUUGCGCCUCCCAGUGGACAUUGGGUUGGGAGUUGGGCCCCAGCAGAGAAAGCAUGACUUAGAUGGGUGGGUUAGACAUCAUCAACAGAGGUUAUCUGUAGCAUACGGUCUUGCUAGACAAAAGAUGGACAAUGCAGCUUCUCAGAAUAAGCAGCGCUAUGACAGUAAAGCCAGAACUUUACCUUUGUUACCUGGGGAGAGAGUGUGGUUGAGGAACAGGAACAGACAAGGUCAAGGGAAAUUGUGUACUUGGUGGAACCCAGAGACCUAUGUUGUUGUUGAACAGGUUGGAGACACUGAACUUGUGUACCGUGUUCAACCAGAGAGGGGAGGCCGUGUACAGACUGUUCAUCGAAAUGCACUCAAGGUGUGUACGGCUCCCCCAGCAGAGACUGCUCCACCGGCUGCCGAGGCGGCUGCAGAGACUCCGGAGAUUCAACUUCCAUUGAUCUAUGGAUUUCCUCCGCGGCCUGCAGCAAUACCUCCUGCAAGAGAAGAACCUGAAAACCCUCCACGGCGUUCCACGAGGGAGAACUUGGGACAACCCCCAGUGCGAUACGGAGACUUGUGA